GAGCUGUGUGCGCGUUUAUAGCUAGCUGUAUCCAUCCUCUUCCUCCUCUCCCUUCCUCCGUACUCCACUCCUCUCCUCUCGAGUGAGCCCCAAGAGAAGACCGACCGACCAGCACGGGGAUCUCGCUCGCCAUUGCGCCGGAGAUGAGAUGAGGGGCGGUGCGCUACUCCUGCUGCUACUCGUCGCCCUCGCCGCCUUGUGCUGCGGCGCGGCGGCGGAUUUCUCCGGCGAUGGAGGCGGCGGCGAAGGGGUAAUGGCGUCAGCGGCGGCGGUGGAGGUGGAUCCGUCGUGGCGGUUCCCGAGCCGCCGCAUCCGGGAGGCCUACGUGGCGCUGCAGACGUGGAAGCAGCGGGCCAUCUUCUCCGACCCGCGGAACCUCACCGCCGACUGGUCCGGGCCCGAGGUCUGCAACUACACAGGCGUCUUCUGCGCGUCGCCGCCCUCCGACCCGUCGGCCGGCCUCGCCGUCGCGGGCAUCGACCUCAACCACGGCGACAUCGCGGGGUACCUGCCCCCGGAGCUGGGGCUCCUCUCCGACCUCGCGCUGCUCCACCUCAACUCCAACCGCUUCUGCGGCGUGCUCCCGCGCGCCCUCGCCCGCCUCCGCCUCCUCCACGAGCUCGACCUCAGCAACAACCGCUUCGUGGGUCCCUUCCCGGAGGUCGUGCUCUCCAUGCCCGCGCUCCGGUUCCUCGACCUCCGGUUCAACGAGUUCGAGGGGGUCGUCCCCAGCAAGCUCUUCGACAGGCCGCUCGACGCCAUCUUCCUCAACCACAACCGGUUCCGCUUCAACCUCCCGGAUAACAUCGGCAACUCCCCCGUCUCCGUCGUCGUCCUCGCCCACAACACCUUCGGCGGCUGCCUCCCGGCCAGCGUCGCCAACAUGUCCGGCACCCUCAACGAGAUCUUGCUCAUCAACAACGGGCUGGAUUCCUGCCUGCCGCCGGAGAUCGGCCGCUUAAGGGAGCUCACGGUGCUCGAUGUCAGCCACAACCGGCUCGCCGGCCCGCUGCCGCCCGAGGUGGCCGGGUUGAGGAAGGUGGAGCAGCUGAACGUCGCGCACAACCUGCUCUCGGGACCCAUCCCGCAGGCCGUGUGCGCGCUGCCGCGGCUCAAGAACUUCACCUUCGCCUACAACUUCUUCACGGGGAAGCCGCCCUCGUGCGCGCGCGUCGUGCCCCGGGACGGCGACCGGAGGAACUGCCUGCCGAACCGCCCCGCACAGCGGCCGCCGCAGCAGUGCUCCGCCUUCUACGCCCGCCCGCCCGUCAACUGCGCGGCGUUCCAGUGCAAGCCAUUCGUCCCGCCUGUGCCUCCGCCGCCGCCUCCAUCGCCAUCUCCGCCUCCCCCUUCUCCGCCUCCACCAUCCCCGCCUCUGCCGUCACCUCCACCGCCUUCGCCAUCUCCACCACCACCUUCUCCAUCACCACCACCACCUUCUCCACCCCCACCAUCACCGCCCCCCUCACCUCCACCCCCAUCGCCGCCUCCACCAUCGCCUCCGCCGCCGGCGCCGGUCCACCACUCACCACCACCGCCUGCGCCGGUCCACCACCAUUCACCGCCGCCGCCUGCGCCAGUCCACCACCACUCACCACCGCCGCCCGCGCCUGUCCACCACCAUUCACCGCCCCCUCCUGCCCCGCAUCCGCAUCCUCAUCCAACUUGCCCACCACCACCGCCCUGUGCCUGUCCAACACCAGCAUUGCCACCGCCGCCACCCUAUUACCCUGGCCCAUUGCCACCCGUCUCCCGAGCAGAAUAUGGAUCACCCCCACCGCCCUUACGGCAGUGAUAGGAUUCUCCGAAAGAACAAGCAUAUUUGAAGGAAAAUACAUGUGAGGUGCGCAAAACUUUUUCUUGAUUAUGGUUUGUCGUUGCCGGUUCUGCGCAUCAAAACAGUUUGUGAUGUUGUAGUGUUGAAAGGGAUUGGAGGUGGAAGAAUUUGGGCUGCAGAUUGAAAGCUAAUUGGGUUGUGAAUAAUAAGAGUUUGAGAGGGACAGACAGAGGGAUGAUUUGGGAGUGGAUCGUAGGCGCAGGGAUACAUGUGAGAUGUAUAGAGAGAAUCAUGAGUUCAGUUCAGUUAAAUUCAGUCAGGCAUAAGUUUAGAAGAGUGUUAUUCCAUCCUUUGUUUGUAUCACACUUACAUUUGGUUAAUUCAAUUCUUAUAUUAUUUACUCUGCA